CAAGUUGCUGCUAUUUUCGUACGGUUAGACUUCUCUGCUAAUGGCUGAAGACGUAGCUAGAGUUGCAAACAGAUGCGAAGAUGCGAAGGAGAGCAAAAGCCUUGAUUUGAGUUCCUGCCGAUUGGCUAAGAUGCCGGACGCAAUCUAUCACAUUUUACGGGAGAUUCCGGUAGUAAAAUGCAACCUGGAUGACAAUAUCCUACGAAUUCUACCUCGCAAAUUUUGCAGCAAAUUUAUUGCCCUACAAGAACUCACACUGUCAGGCAACAGAUUAACUGGACUACCUGUUGAAAUGGUAGAAAUGGUAGAGUUACGACAACUUGACAUUUCAAGAAAUCAGUUCACAGAAUUUCCCUCUGUUAUUGUGCAACUCCCUUUACUGAGAAAGGCUAUCAUAAAAGAGAACGAAAUCAAAGAGAUUGACAUUGAUCAAGUACGUGAAAUGAAAAGUCUCAAUGAGCUGGACUUGAGGGGAAAUCCAUUACCAAUGCUUACAAGUCAGUUUCUUGCCAGGAUUGAUGGGGUCACAGUUCACGUUUGAUGACCCUGCUUCAGGCUUGGUGCCACAGCUAGCUGAUGUAAAUAAGUUGACAGUGGAAUAACACACGGAGCUUUAAUAAUGACUUGAUCAAGAUUUUUACAUUUAAGUACCUCCUGUAAUGUCACUUUUAGAGUGAGGCAUGUAAGAUGACAGUAUGCAUGCUUCUCGCCAUGUAGACUACUCUUCAUAUAAGUGUGAUGUCAUAGUAUGCAUAAUAUUGUCCUUUGUAUCAUUUGUGUUGCUGCCAGUAAAGAGUUAUUUGG